GCCUAGUGUGGACUAGGCUUUAGUCUUUACUGGCUUCAAAACAAAUAAAAAUGGCGCGUGUUUUUUGUUUGGCUAGCAGAAACGACGGAAUUUAUUUUAUUUAGAAAAUCCUCAGCUAAAAUUAAUUAACAACCCUACAAUCCUGAGGUGCACCGUUUGAUGGUCCGGAAAGGAAAUUUGCCGGUCAAAACAUUCGCAGCAACAGCAGCACAAUCCAGUAUAUGACUCCCGCCGGAAGCGAUCCAGUACCGCUACCGAGGGUCCCCUCUGGUGUGGCUGGUGAAGAAAUCGAUGAAUGGCUAAAGAUGUCCAGGGGGACUAAUCGAAGCAUUCGAUAACUACUUCCCCGAUGGCCAGUCCCCAAGAUUGCGUCAAUGAUCCGCACUCACGGCUGUCGGUCAGACUGUUUUACAACGAACAAAAUUAAAUAUUCUUAUUGCUAAAUCAACAAAACGGGCAGGAUCCCCCAUUGCUGAUGGUGUAUGUGCAUCGCUAAAUGGUAGUGAUCUGUGUGGUAGACACUUACCGAUUGUCUUAGCCGAGGCCGAGGUCAUCCACUCUUCCCAGCGGCCAGAAACGGCGCAGCGAACAUUGUUCCAGCACCGCCUCGAACCACAGAUUGUCGCAGCGAGUAAAAAUUCGAACGAUGACCGUGAUGAGGACAGAAGCAAGGCAGAGAAAGAAGCCACGCAUGCGAAGCGUCCCGAUAAGGAACCACUGGCAGACGAUGAUGGUCUACGAUCGUCUUGAAUCACUCAUCCGUGACGCUGCGCUUGUCCCGUCUAGGAACAACCGAGGACACGGCCGUAGCACUCAUACACGAAGCAAUUCCCUUGGAGGCUCGUGUUUGGCAGCUCACACAGUGCACCCGGCCACAAGUGCGGCAAAUGCAAAGUACCUCUACAUCUGCUCAAAGUAUGAGUCCAACAUAACAACUUCGAUGAAUAAGCGCACCGAUGAAGCUAGCCAAAGUACAGCAGAUAUGCAAGUAAAAAUUCCCCCACCCUGUCGGACAAACAACGGAACGGUUCAUGGGCCGCAUAGAGUUGUUUUUGACAUUUCUCACGCACAUUAACUGGUAUCCCACUGGCGUGUACGGGCGAGAACGGGACAAUUAACCUCCAAAAAUUUCAGUGCAAAAAUCGAGCAGUCGGCCGACAAACACGUUCGUUUUUUAGGUUAAUGUUCCCAAAAUGGAAAAGUGUCAGUGCAAAGCCCUAUAUUAUGACACGAAUACUACUAGCGGCAAAUAGGACUAUAGAAUUAUUGCAGCAGCUGUGGCCGGGGGAAAUUAGGGGAACAUGCCCUAUUAUGCGCCACCUAAGCGAAUCGCUGAUUUUCUAAGUAUUCCACGUACAAAUUGUGUUAAAAAUGGGUGUAAUCGUUGAAGAAAAGUGUUUUCUACAAAUUCCUAUGAUUUUUCAUUACUCAAAUUGCAAUAAUUUCUUUAAAAACAUGAUUUUUAAAAACCAUAUUCAAAGCCACAGAACAAAACUGUGUUGCGAAUACGCGCCGCUGUGUAUUCAAUACGCGCCUAGCAGCCGAACACACCCGAGAGCAGCCGAAGACCGAAAACACACCAAUACUUUCAGACACUUUGACUGAAAAGAAAAU